CAAAUAAUAUAAUAUGUAGAAUAAAUCAGCCGCUUGUUUUAUGCAAAAGCCAGAUAAAUAGUUUUACUAUAAUUUACUUAGGUAAGAACAAUUAAUACAAACAAAGCCGGAAAUUGAUAUUGUAAAUCAAGCUGUUCAGAUGUACAGGUAAUAAAUAUUUAGUAUUACUAGAAAAUGUGUUGAGUAUUUUGAUAGUUUGUAAGAUCCAAUCAAAUAUUAUUUCUUAGAGAAAAUAUAAACAGCUUUGAGUGAAACAAAAACAUUGAUGCUAAUAAUUAAUACAAAAAAUGAAAUAACAGAAGAAUAAAUCAGGAAAUCUGCUAAGAUUAGUUUCGCUGCUGAAAAAAAGAUUAAUGAGAUAGAUUAAAUUCAAGUGAAAAAAGCAAGAGCUUAACAGGUGAAUUUAAUGAUUAAAAUGAAUAAUGAAGUUGAAUAAUAAAGUGUAAAUGUAAAGCAAAUAUUGAUAUAAAAGGUUUAAAAUAUGGUUAAUAAUUAUGCAGAUGAAAGGGAGAAUUUAGAAAAAAAAUUAAAGCAAGAUUUGGAUAGCCAAUAAAAUAAUAUAGAUGCAAGAUUAAUGAAAAGAAGAAUGACGCAGAGGAAUAUGACUGUAAGCCAUUCAAUGUAAUAAUUAACUUGACUAUAUUAUUUCUAAUUAAAUA